CGAUGCGUUGCGUUGUGUGCGGAGCUCCUCGCGUGAAUUAACACGACGUGUUCGACGUUACGUACGUAAAAUUAAUCAUCGAUUGUGCUAAAGUUUAUCGAACUAAAUUAAAUCAUUUAUAAACAAUUUACGUUUAAAUUUGUGCUUUGUUUAUACAAUUGUGAGUGCACUUGGAUACAUCAUUCGACUAUUAAUCAUCAGAUAAUAUUAUGAAAUAGUGAAAAGACGGAAAGUGGUGUGACGACGACGAUCAAGGAAACGUGUUCAUGAUGGCGCGUGGCGACAACCGGACGGCCAUCAUGCUUGCAGUCAAAGUAGUGUUGGUGCUUCUCGGGAUUACCGUAACAGAUGGAAUGGACCCUUCUCAGUGCAUCGCACCGCUGGGCAUGGAGACUGGCGACAUCAGAGACGAGGACAUAAAAGCCAGUUCAUCCUUCGAUCAUUUGAACGUUGGCCCACAGCAUGGCAGAGUGCGUUUGGAAUUGCAUGGAGGUGCGUGGUGCCCACAAGAACCGGCGACCACCGAAUUAAAGGAAUGGCUGGAAAUUGACUUCCGCAGUGUGCACUUGAUAACCGCAUCCGAAAUACAAGGCCGAUUUGGUAAUGGGCAAGGCGCGGAAUUUGCCGAACACUAUAUGUUGGAAUACUGGCGACCACGACUAUCGAAAUGGAUCCGUUACAGAAACAGGCAGAACGAGGAAGUGCUCACGGGCAACAUAAACACGUACUUGGAGAAAAAGAAUGAGCUCGAUCCGCCCAUCAUCGCCAGUAAAGUUCGUUUCUUCCCCUACAGUUAUCACAAGCGUACGGUGUGCAUGCGCGUGGAACUGUAUGGAUGCAAAUGGACUGACGGGAUCGUGAGUUACUCAAUGCCCCAGGGUGACAAGAAGGGUCAGAACUGGGAGUUCUACGACACGGCGUACGACGGCCAUUGGGACGGGGAAAAGUUGCGUCACGGUCUCGGCCACUUGACAGACGGAAAGGUCGCGCCCGAAGACUUCAAAGUGCCGCUCUACGAUCACGAGGUGCAGGGCUGGGUCGGCUGGAAGAACGACUCGCGCGAGAAUCGACCCAUCGAAAUCACCUUCGAGUUCGACAAAGUGCGCGAGUUCAGUGCCGUGCACAUCUAUGCAAACAAUCAGUUCACGAAAGACGUGCAAGUGUUCUCAUCCGCGACAGUGCAGUUUAGCGUGGGUGGAAAAAUCUACAAAGGCGAACCGAUCACCUACGAUUACAUGGAAGAUUGCAUCUUCGAGACGCCGCACAACAUCAGCAUCAAGCUGCAUCAUCGUGUCGGGCGGUUUGUCAAGCUGCAGUUGCACUUCGCCAACCGUUGGAUGCUCCUAAGCGAAAUCACCUUUGACUCCACAGUCGUCACAGGCAACUUUACGGAGGAAGAAGAGGACAUCGAUUCGUAUUACGAGCAGGAUACAAUUCAGCGAGAUCAGAUCGCAACGCCCGGUUUCGAUAAUAACAAGAAUCUUGUGAGUGCUGUGAAUACGCCCACGCCAUUAGGCCAGUAUUUGGGCAUCGUGGUCGGCUUUCUGGCGGUGAUUAUCGUACUGAUGCUGGGUGGUGUUGCGUUCAUUUGCAUUCAGCACCGCAGGUACAAGUCGUCGCCACGGCCGUCGCAGGUGCCAGGCGGAUGCGAUAAGGCGGCAUUAUACCGCGAACCACCGGAUCCGGAAUAUGCGGUACCGCUGCAACAACCACAGCAAUCGCCGCGCGCCCCACCAAUGAUGCACAAUUUCUUCCCGAAGCCGCCGUCUAUACCCCCACCUUCGGAACGUUAUUACGCCGCCACGGAGAUUUGCAAUACGGGCUUCGUACCGCCACCACCACCUACAUCCACACCGCCUCCGGUCCGGUUGAGUCGGCAACCACGCUACGCGUCGAAUCCGCGUGCGUUCAUGAACGCCUAGGAUUUCUAUCGAUGUAAUAACUGUGAUAAUACUACCUAACUAAUGUAACCAUUAAAUUAUCAACCGCCCCUUGAAUGGAACCCUUUGACACACGGAAGCUCACACUACUUAAACUUUAAUGUUAACGAACGUGAAUACCUAAUCAACGUGCUUCUUACAGGUAGCGACCCUUAAUUUAUUCGGAACAAAACGCCCAAAAUGUAAUGAACUAAUUAUUUAUAGACAUCGAAACUCCGCACGAACAAAAAAGAGAAUAUUAUCGAACCAAGAAGGCUGACUAUUACCAAAACUAUUGUGUUAACUUGCUCGUUUUAACAAUAACGAUAAGAAAUGAACUAUGUUUAAUGUUAAUUACGAGACACAAAUGACAAAAAAGAUAACUGGACUAUAAAUUAGAUAGAGAUAUUCGUAAAUCCGUUACAAUGGCUUUAUACGCAUACAUAUUAUGUAUAUUCGACAAUCUGUCACUUGAAUGUGGUCUAUCUUAGUUGUACUAUUAUUCAUAACGUCAUUUCAUAAUCGAAGCGAUGACUCAAGCCAUUUAUUGUAAAUAUGAGAUAAAAUGGUAUUUGCUCGACGGCUGGUGUCGAGAAAACCGAACUAACGACGGCCCUAUUUAGCUAAAUAUUGUUUUUACCUUUGUACAUAUCCUAUACAUAUAAUUAAGAUGCAUAAAUUGUAAAUAAACUAUUAAAUGAGAAA